AGGGGCGGGCGGAGGCCGCGCGCCUGGGGCCACCGGCGCGCCCUCCGCGCUCUGCCACCCGCUGGCACUGCCGCCGGGCCGUCGGGCCACCCGCCCCAGCGCGGAGGACACGAGCGGCGCGGCCGAAGGGCUCCGCGAUCCCUGGCAGGUCAGCUCUGCAGCCACCAGGGGACCUGGUACCCGUGAGCGGGUAGGGACACCGGGCCUGCAGUGCAGGGGGGCGGGGGUGUACGGAACAUGACUCCAUCACCCAGUGCUUCUCCCGCCUCCGGAGGCCACCACCCCCCACAGCCAUGGCCAGCACAGGCCCCUCGCUCUCUGGCGCCUUUGACAUUCUAGGCGCGGUGAGCCAGGACAAGCUCUUGCAUCUUAAGCACAAGCUGAAGACCCUGCGGCCAAGCUGCCGGGGAGUGGACCUCCUGCACGCCAUGGUGCUCCUAAAGCUUGGCCAGGAGACCGAGGCCAGGAUCUCCCUGGAGGCGCUGAAGGCAGACGCUGUGGCGAAGCUGGUGGCCCGCCAGUGGGCUGGUGUGGACAGCACCGAGGCCCCAGAGGAGCCCCCAGACGUGUCCUGGGCGGUUGCCAGGGUGUACCACCUUCUUGCCGAGGAGAAGCUGUGUCCAGCGUCUAUGCGGGAGGAGGCCUACCGGGCAGCCGUCCGUGCUUUCAGCUCCAGGGACGACCCCCAGCUCGGGGAACUCCAGGAAGAGGCCCGGAACCGCUGCGGGUGGGAUGUCCUUGGGGACCUGGGGGGCAUGCAAACCCUCCACUCCGAUCUGGGCCGCCUCCCGCCACCCUCUGCCUCGACCUCCGGGACCCGCAGUGAUCCGAGGCCCAUCGAGGACCUUUCGGGCUGGAGCAGAGGGCGUUCCCUGAGAUCCACCGGCAGCCCCGCCUCUCUGGGCAGCAACUUGGAAAUUAGCCAGUCGCCCACCAUGGCCCUCCUCACCCGUCACCACAGCCCCCACGGGCCCAGCAAGCUGUGUGACAGGCCCCAGGCUGGCCCGGUGCCCGAGCCUGCCCCUGCGGGCUGCCAGGAGCCCGAAGAGAUGAGCUGGCCCCCAUCGGUGGACGCUCCCAGCCCCCUGGUGAGGCCGGACAGCCCAGCCCCCAGGCCUCCCGAGGUGGCCGCAGGUGCAUGCCCCCCCAGCCUGCACGACCCCCCGGAAGCUCCGAAAACCAGCACCCACUACCCGGUGGAGUGCACGGAUGUGCCGGCAGCUCCCCAGUCUCUCCCCUCGCCUUCUAGAAACGCCAGCCCUGUCACAGAUCAGACGCCAAUCCAACUUUCAGAGGAAGACACCACUUACCCGCCAGCUCAGCCAGGCCCAUCGACUCCACCGGCCCCUCAAACUCCGCCGGCCCCCCAAACUCCGCCUCCCUUUUCGUCUCCAUCGACCCCUCCUAAGGCUCACCCGACUGUCUCGAGCCCGGGGCCCCCUCCUCCUGAGCUGGAGUCGUCGGAGCAGAAAUUCUAUAACUUCGUGGUGCUGCACGCGCGCGCGGACGAGCACAUCGCGCUGCGCGUGCGCGAGAGGCUGGAGGCCCUGGGCGUGCGCGACGGUGCCACCUUCUGCGAGGAUUUCCAGGUGCCCGGGCGCGGCGAGCUGCACUGCCUGCAGGAUGCCUUGGACCACUCGGCCUUCACCAUCCUGCUGCUCACCUCCAACUUCGACUGCCGGCUGAGCCAGCACCAGGCGAACCAGUCUCUGAUGAACAGCCUCACGCGCCGCGGGUGGCAGGACUGCGUGAUCCCCUUCCUGCCCCUGGAGAGUUCCGCGGACCAGCUCAGCCCCAGCACGUCCAGCCUGCUCACCGGCCUGGUGUGGCUGGACGAGCACUCCCCGGUCUUCGCCAGGAGGGUGGCCAACACCUUCAAGCCCCAGAAACUGCGGGCCCGCAAGGCCAAGUGGAAAAAGGAACAGGAUGCCCGCGCCCUGCGGGAGCAGAGCCAACACCUGGAGGAUGAGGGCCAGCAGGCAGCGACGUGGAAUGCGUUGUACUCGUCUUACGUCCAGAGCUACCUGUCCUACCAGGAGCAGAUGGAGAAGCUCCAGGUAGCUUUCGGAAGCUACAUGCCAUUUGGGACUCAGCUGCCUUCUGCGCCUCAGGUGCCCUUUGGGGGACAGGGACCCCUGGGAGCCCCGCCACCACCCUUUCCCACCUGGCCAGGCCAUCAGCCGCCGUCCCUGCCUCCUUGGCUGGCGGGCACACCCCCACCGGCCUUCCCGCAGACCCCGGCCUUCCCGCAGACCCCGGCCUUCCCACAGCCUCCGGCCUUCCUACAGCCCCCGGCCUUCCUACAGCCCCCAGCCUUCCCGCCGGCCUCACCUGCGCACUCUCAGAGUGCUGGGCUACAGCCCCUCGUCAUACACCAUGCACAGAUGGUACAACUGGGAGUCAACAACCACAUGUGGAACCAGAGACGGACCCAGGCGCCUGAGGACGAGACGCCAGAAACGGAAUGACUAAGUGACUGGACCUGAUGUCCUCGGCCUUGAUCCCCCAUCUCCAGGGGGCAGUGGAACAUGGGGUCGUUUGCUACCUUCAGGACACUGCCGGGGACCUGUGCGGGUCUCAGGAAAUAGGGCAGAAUUGGCCCCGUGACUUUCUGGCCCUCGAGGUAGCCAGAAUUGGAUGUGUUUACAGAUUCUUCCACAAUCGCUCCCUCUCUCUGGACGGUGGUGGUGGGGACUGGACUGGAGGUAUGCGUACGG